CACUCUUAUACGUAUUGUCUGGCAGCACCGUUCAUUUACGUAUUUAAGAACAACAGGUUCUUGUAGAAAUUUAGGAAAAAAUAUGUUAAGUCCUACCCGACAGCAAGUGCUCCGGCUUUAUAAGCAUCUCAUCAAAUACGGCAAUCAUUUAAAGCUAACGGAUAAGAAUUAUUUCCUUGGUCGAGUGCGACACGAGUUCCGCGAAAAUAGACAACUAACAAACGCUCAAGAAAUUGAAUUUAAUUUUAAGCGUGGUGAAACGUUGCUGAAAAAAGGGCGCAUACUCUAGUAAUGCUCAAGUUGCGUUCCUUAGCUGGUUCACUCUCCAGCAACCUCUGUCGGCUGGCCUCCAACGCCCACUUGGACUACUCACGUUACCCAACCCUGCAGGAGUCGGAUAUUGAGGAGACAUUGAUGCGUGGCAGCGGACCCGGUGGACAGGCCGUGAACAAAACCAACAAUUGUGUCUUUUUGCGUCAUCUGCCAACGGGCAUCACCGUCAAAUGCCAUCUGCACCGCUUGGCCUCCAAGAAUCGUAUCGAAGCCCGUAAAAUACUGCUCGAAAAACUUGAUGUCCACCUAAACGGAGAAAAGUCCAUUGCAGCUCAGCAGAAGGCGCUCGAUCAGAAAAAGUCAACGGAGCGCAAACGCCGGCAAGGAAAACUACAGGAGAUGAAAAAGAACUGGCAAAAUCGCGAGCGCGAGGAGAGUGAAUGAAUGAACCAAAGGACUUGUUAAACAAUAAAAUUUGUGUAUUUUUUCGAGCACAACUACCAGCUGGCAAAGUCGCCGAAACCA